CCUGGACGUAGUCUCUGUGACGUCCCGCACAGGUUUCUGAAGAGCCAUUAUGAAUCUUGGUGUGGUAGCUCUCAUCUCCACAUUGUUGGUAGUCCUGAAGUUGGACAUUUGAACAUGGGGACUUAUGGAGACUGACUCACUUCUGGAGCCAGCCUCUAGUGGACGUUAGAGGAACUGUAGUUUCUGACACUUCCUGUCUCGGCGUCACUUCACGGUCACGGAGGCCGCACAAAGAAACUACAGAAGAAGAAGAAGAACGUGACCAUUACACAAGAGUUGUGCAGUCGGCGUGUUCCUCCCAUCUGGUGAACAUUGAACAGGCAUCUCCCAUCAGUCACACCUCCACACACACACAUGCAGGAAAAUGUGUGUGUGUGUGUGUGUAGUAAAAGGAGGAGGAGGCUCAAGGCACCUCCUCCUCCUCCUCCUCCUCCUCCUCCUCCCUGACUACACUCCACACAGUCAGUCUCUCUCUCAGUGAAUGGACGUUCAGCUGCACAGAAAGCAGUUUGUUUUUUGCGACUACACCCCGCUCCCUCCGUCUGCCCAGUCGUAGUUUGUUGGUUUGAGGUCUCUGGUCUGUGCAGACUCACAAAGUCAGGAUGAGCUCGAAUGACUCCAGCGCUAACAUCCAGUCCAGGCUGCAGAGGGCGAAGGAGAUGAGCGACGAGGAGAAGCUGUACAGAUACAACGGGGUGCUGUACCCUCGCAUCAUGUGCCCCGAGGAGCAUUUGAAGGGUCUAGAGAACAUCAAGGCCAGAGAGGACGACAUCAUGCUGGUGGCUUAUCCCAAAUGUGGUUUCAACUGGAUGGUCGGAGUGUUGAGGAAGAUCAUCACAGAGGCCACAGGGAUGAAAACGGAGACCAUGAUGCCACCGCUGAUCGAGUUCUUUGCACCGGAAGCCCUAAAGGUCGUGGAUGAGACUCCCUCUCCGAGGUUUCUGGGGACUCACAUGCAUCCCGACAACAUCCCAACCUCUUUCUAUGAAAAGAAAACUAAAAUGCUGGUGGUCUUCAGGAACCCUAAAGACACUCUAGUCUCCUUCUAUCAUUUCUCCAACAACAAUCCGGUCCUUCCGUCCGGACAGUCCUGGGAAUCCUUCUACUCCAACUUCAUGAGUGGAGAUGUUCCCUGGGGGUCAUACUUUGACCACGCUUCGGCCUGGGAGAAGAGGAUGGACGACCCCAACGUGAUGGUGGUCACCUAUGAAGAGCUCAAACAGGACCUGAGCGAGGGCAUCCGUCAGAUCACCAGGUUCCUCGGCUUCACCCUGACGGAGGAUCAAGUCCAGCAGAUUGCAGAGGGGAGCACCUUCAACGCCAUGAAGAAGAACUCCGCCAACUCCCACAACUCGGGAAUAGGAAACAUCAUCUUCAGAAAAGGUGAGGUUGGAGACUGGAGGAACCACUUCACCCCAGAACAAAGCCAGGAGAUGGACGACGCCUUCAAGAAACACCUGGCAGGAACCAGACUGGGAGCCAAGCUCAACUACCAAAAGCACUGUCAGUAGGAGGCGAGGAGACAAGAGAGGAGGCGAAGGGAAGGAAAGGAGGAGGGAAAGUAUGUAGAAGAAGAGUUUGGAGGACUUUCCCCACCACUGAGCUGACCUCCCCAACCUCCUCCAGCAUUGCACAGAUCGUCUUCAACCAUAAAACAUUUCAUCCGGUGGAGGAAACACAGGGCUGAAAGUUCAAGCGAAAAUAUAGAAAGGCAGGGAGCAAGAAGGGAACGUGAACUUUUGUUACUGUACAAGUUCGACAACAUUAAAGGAAUAAUUCAACGUUUUGGGAGGUCAAUGCUCUUACAACCCACCAUAAAACAGCAAAACACAAGUCUAUUCUUUAGGCUAGGCUAAGGUAAUUAGGUGUAGCUUCAUAUCUGAGAGUGCAACCAAUCUUCUGAUCUAACCAGUAUACACAAGUAUAUUUCCCAAAAUGUCAAACUAUUCCUUCGUGAGCUCACCUGAGCUCACCUGGCUGUGUGCGAAUAUCCAUGAAUGGACCAGGGUUACAAAUGUGACACACACAAACUCAGUGUUAAGAUAAUAAACAGAUGCCGUCAGUUCAUCAUGACGACAGACGCUCUGGAGUCAGAGACAACCAUCACAGUGAAGUGUGAUUGGCCAAAGCAAAGGGCCGUGUUCCACGUUUCUUAGCGUGUUCUCAGGUACACGUCAACAGACAUACCUCAGCAAAACCUUUAAAACAUGCAGCUGUUUCAGGGGCUGGUGUGUACACUAUGGGAACGCCAGCUCUAUAAUCAGAAUGUUUAACUCCCCAAACUUGUUAAAAUUGUUGUUUUUCUUCAUACGUACACACAAGUUAAUCAAACCAAUCAGACACCUGUUUUUUUUUUGGGGCAAAAAAAGGUAAUCUGAUUACUUGUGUUAGCAUCAAGCAACCAGCAGCCGACUUGACUGAAUGUUGAAACAAACACAAGGUGCCUGAAGUUAAAGUCCUUCAGCGGUCUUUAAACUGGCAGCUACUCAGACUUCAUCAACAAUACUGUGAUGAGAUUUAAAAAAUGCACAAUCACUGUUUGUGUGUGUUUUCUGUGUAUUUCAUGCAGUACGUCACUGUACACGAUCAUGAUGAGAAAUAAAACUGUUU